AAAGUCACCAUAAUGGAGCACCGUACGACACCACUGUCUCCAUAUUAAAUGAUGGAUGUAUCUCCAAGAGAGAUGAGUGUUCAACAAUCAGGGAUUCAUCUAAUAUGGACAUCACCCAUGAAUCCUUUUUCAGAAUUAUCCAAUCAUAUCAUGACACACCAGUAAAACAACCACGCAACCAUACACAAGCAAUAACUUAACUCCUCUAUAUAUUAUCAGAACCCCACAAUAACCCACAGUUCUCCUUUAAAUCACUAUCUCUCUGUCUCUCAGAUAAUAUACACAGAGAAUUAUCAUUUCAUUGGCCUUAAUUUCUUGCUUGGUCUUUUUUUUUACAUGGAUGAGAAGUGGAAGACAUCAAAGAAAGAAGGUUCAUCUUCUUCUUUUGUUAGAAGUUUUUCUACCAAGAGUUCAUCUUCAAAGUCUCCCCUCUUGAGAAGCUCUUCCCUUAAAUGCUCUUCUCCAACCAACAAGUGUGCUCUUCCAAGAAGUUACUCUCAGAAGAACUCCUCCAUUACUAGCAAGUGUAGUAGCUUAGCUAAAGAACAGAAGGCAAGAUUCUAUAUCAUGAGGCGCUGCGUGGCCAUGCUCGUUUGCUGGCAUAAACAUCGAGAUUCUUGAAACAAGAAGGCUUACUCAUCCCAAGAAUCUUAUAUAUCUAUAUAUUUAUAUAUACAUGGAUAGAGAUGGAAUAUAUCCUUGAAGGGAUUAGAAAUAUAUUUUCUCGGUUGCUUCCCUAUCUUCUUCUUUUUUCCUUUUGUGGGAGAUGGGUGUUGGGUUUGAUUUGAGCUUAUAAAUUUUCUACCAUCACAAAUCAAGAAGCCAGAUUAGUUUUUUAUUUUCUUGAA